AUGGAAGCGCCACUCAACGGAGAGCAUUAUGCUGCACCGACAGCACAAAUGUUCAGUCCUACCGCGACGUCGUCCAGACUGAGCCGUCCCGAGGGCCAAUACACCUCGAAGACCACGCCCAAAGAGAAAGAUCGAGCGGUAGAUGCUGGACCAUCAUCAUCUCGCCCCCCGCGCGAAGAUGCAGACUUAUGGGCCGAAGUUGACCGGGUAGAGCAGAACCGUGACCGCCGUGAUCCGGACUGUGAUGCCUCAGGCCCUUAUACGAGCAGAAACAGUGAGAAAAGAAAGCGAACAAGCACCGGCUUUGCGCAAGACCAGGAACAGACGGCACCUUCCAAAAGACCAAGGGCUACGCGACAAAAUCACGUCCUCUAUAGCAAAUGUGGAGCUGUGACUCAGCAGACUCGCGAUCGGCACCUGAGGCGUAUCCGCGAGAACUGGGGAGUGUCAGUCGGACUUUGGAUGCCUCCAGACAUGAUACCUACCCGGAAGGUUAAAGGCGCAAAGGGUGGACCGGAUCGUCGGCUGCUCGAGCCUAGAGACUGGAGUAAUGCUUUACUGGAAGAAUUGGCUUACUUCUCCGGCGUGACACAGAACCGACCGGCCCAAGCACUUGCAACGUUGCAAGCCUCCAUGGCGCGAAGCGAGAGAGUUGACGAAAUCCCAGAGCCAUUGCAGACCGACGUCCGCUAUGCCAUCCAAGUUCACGAGCAAGAACAGGCCAGGGUGCAGUCACGCAGCCCAACAACUCCUUCGAACACCAACCGUCGGCGCAGUGAAGUUGGCAAUGCCCUAUCCGAGCCAGUAACUGCUCCACCUCCUACAGGCAACGACCCUACAAUCAAACAGGAAGCCGACGUCAAUGUUCCGGCUAACACCUGGAAUAUCGACGACGAGGAAGACAAGCUGAGGGAGUAUGAACUGCGGCGGGAUGCAACGAAGGCUGCACUCGAUUUCCACCUACAGAACUGUCGCAUUCGCAAACGUAUGCGCGAACGCCAGCGGGUGCAGGAGCAUGCAAAUCGCCCUGGAGGAGCCAUUCCGCUGUGA